CGUUUCAUCUGAACGGUUGAGUUACGUAGCGUAGUGUUGCAGUGAACGGAGGGGGAAGAGAGAGGGAGAGGUUGAGACAGAGCGAGUGAGAGGGAGAGAGAGAGAGGGAGAGACUGCAGCAUCAUUUGAGGGACGUUCACAUGCAGUGCAGUAGAACGUGCAGGUGAGGGGAGGAGGAGAAUGCGGGACUUUUUCCUCAAACACUUCACACACAUCCACCACGGACUCCGGAGGAAUAACUAAAGGCUUUUGUUGCUACUUUAUCCUGCUCUCCAUCUUUCCAUAAGUGGCUAAUUUGCGUGCUCUGGGAAGUCGAACUGAAAAGCUUUUCUCUUUGUCAAGUUCACCGUAAAGGAAUCUAUAAGAGCUUGGCACGCGCGCGUAAGACUGCGGGGAAAGCUUUCCAAUUUCCCUCGCGCUGGGUUUUAAGGUAAGAGAAUAUACCAUAUCGGAAAAAAAGACUUUAAAAAGCACUUUGGCUUAUUCCCAGCCAGUAGCGCAAGCUCUGGGAUGCGAAUGUGAGAGCUGAAUUCACAGACAGAUCUCUUUUGUGUUCUACUGCAUUGCAGUUUAAAACAGUGAAAGCGCGAGAGGAGCCUGCGCUCCGCAGCAUCUCAAUGAGCCGGACAAAGUCGUUUAAACUGCUCAGAUUUGACUCUCGUUUACUCCUAAAUGGCACAGUGGAUCAUUAUUGUCCGUAAAAGAGCUGUAAAGACUUAUCGCCGAUGCUGAGCUCUGCACAAAGUGGAUGUUUUAUUUUAUCGUGUUGAAAACGUGACCGGAGAACUGAAAGACUGUGGGACAAAAUAAGAUUUUGCCGAAGGAAGCCUUCAUAAAAAUUAAUCAGUGGCGAUUCUUUCUUGGACCAGAGGAAGCUGCAGAUAGAGAGUGAAAGAGAGAGAGGAAGAGAGCGAGAGAGAAAGAGAGAGAGAGAGAGUCAUGGGGAGCAGGAGCGUUGGCGCAGUGCACUCCGCGCGCUGCUACCUCGUGCUUAUCCUGCAGCUGCUGACUCAGCUCCCGCACGCCGAUUCAGCGCUGCGCUACCGCGUGGCGGAAGAGGGGCCGGCCGAUGUGCACAUUGGUAACGUGGCUUCAGACCUGGGGCUGUCCACCUCUGGGAUUGGGACUGGUGAUGUCACAUUCGCUUUGGAAUCUGGCUCUGAAUUCUUCAAAAUUGACAAUGUCACCGGAGAGCUUACUACAGGCAGCAGGAGGAUUGACAGAGAGAAGCUGCCACAGUGUCAGAUGAUUUUUGAUGAGAAUGAGUGCUUUUUAAACUUUGAGGUGUCAGUCAUAGGUCCCCUGCAGAGUUGGGUGGAUCUCUUUGAUGGCCGAAUUGUAGUCACAGACAUCAAUGACAACACACCCUCUUUCCCUUCACCAGUACUCACACUAUCUGUUGAGGAGAAUCGUCCAAUCGGCACUCUCUAUCUUCUUCCCACCGCCACAGACCGCGAUUUUGGUCGCAAUGGCAUAGACCGCUAUGAGCUUAUCCAAGACAGUAGAGAUGGAGGCUCAUCAUCCCGGCGACCCGCAAAUGGUCCAACAAAUGGAAACGGUGGUGACAGAAGGAGAGGGCCAGAAACAGGGACAGGGCCUGCCAGCAGGAGCAGUGUGUUUGAGCUGCAGGUGGCUGACACACCUGAAGGACAGAAACAGCCUCAGUUGAUUGUGAAAGGGCCUCUGGAUCGUGAAGCAAGGGAUUCUUAUGAACUUGUGCUGCGCGUUCGUGAUGGCGGCAACCCGCCUCGUUCCUCACAAGCAUUGUUACGUGUGUCUAUCACAGAUGUUAACGACAACAGUCCACGCUUUGAGAGAGCAGUGUAUGAAGCAGAAAUGGCAGAAAACGCCCCACCUGGCACACCUGUCCUGCAGGUGCGUGCCACAGACCGCGACGUUGGUGUCAAUGGGCAGGUUGAGUAUGUUUUCGGAGCAGCAACCGAAUCAGUGCGGCGCCUCCUGAGGCUGGAUGAAGCUUCAGGUUGGCUGAGUGUUCUGCAUCGUAUAGACCGUGAGGAAGUUUCACAGUUACGUUUUACAAUCACAGCCCGUGACCGCGGGCAACCACCUCGUACUGACCGCACUACAGUCGUUCUUAACGUAAGGGAUGAAAAUGACAAUGUACCCAUAGUUGAAAUUCGAAAAAUUGGACGAAUCCUCGUUCGGGACGGUGCUGCAAUGGUUCCAGAGAAUGUACUGGUUGACACACCGGUAGCCCUAGUGCAGGUGUCAGACCGUGAUCAGGGAGAGAAUGGUGCGGUGACCUGCACUGUGGUUGGGGAUGUUCCAUUCACACUGAAACCAGCGGGUGAGACAGCACUAGCGCCUCCACCUGCCACAGAUGAUGCUUUCGAACGAAAUAAAAAGAAAUAUUUUCUCCACACCUCAGCGCUUUUGGAUUAUGAAGCUACUCGAGAAUAUAGUGUUACUAUUGUGGCAGUGGACUCAGGUAGCCCGAGCCUUUCUAGUAACAGUUCCCUUCUAGUGCGUGUGGUAGACAUAAACGACCAUGCUCCCACUUUCGCCCAAAGCUUAGUGGAAGUGCAUUUUGCAGAAAAUAAUGCCCCGGGAGAGCGAGUGGUCACUGUAGUGGCUGCUGAUGCAGACAGUGGCAAGAAUGCAGAGAUUGCAUACUCACUCGACCCAUCAGUUAAUGGAGCUUUUUACAUCGAUGCCGAUAACGGUGAUAUUCGUGCCACUGGGGCAUUAGAUAGGGAGCUGAGGGAACGCUAUGAAUUUCGUGUGAUAGCUCGAGAUAAGGGGACACCAUCUCUGCAGGGCUCUGCUACUGUUGUAGUCCAGGUCACGGACAGGAACGACAAUGCCCCCAAAUUUGUCCAGGAAGUCUUCACAUUCUAUGUCAAAGAGAACCUGCUUACCAAUAGCCCUGUAGGCAUGGUGACUGUUACCGAUGCAGAUGAAGGAGAGAAUGCAGAGUUGAGUCUUUUCGUGGAGCAUGAUGAAGAGGAGGGUGGAGAGGAGGGCAAAGAAGGGAAGCAAGAAGUUUUCUCAAUUGAAAACAACACUGGAACCAUUUUCUCCUCUGCAUCCUUUGACCGCGAACGACGUAGCACAUAUUCAUUCCGUGUGCGUGCUGUCGAUGGUGGAGAACCGCCACGGUCUGCCACCGCCACCGUCUCCCUGUUUGUCACUGAUGAAAAUGACAAUGCGCCAUCCAUCACAUCACCCGCUAAUGAAUCAUACACCCUUCUGCCACCCGCUAGUGGGGCCCGGACUGUGGUCCGCACAGUCUCAGCCUCGGAUGGAGACACAGGGUCUAAUGCUGACCUGCGCUAUGCUCUGGUAGGCGGAAACCCUUUUCGCCUGUUUGAGAUUGGCUCCAGUAGUGGGGUCAUAACCUUGGCAGAGCCCCUGGAGAGAAGACACAGGGGUCUGCACCGCUUGGUGGUCCGGGUCAAUGACAGCGGCAUGCCUUCCCUUUGUGCCACAGCACUCGUGCAUGUCUUCAUCAAUGAGAGCUUGGCCAAUGCUACGCUAGUGGAUGCACAGGUGGCCCGCAGCCUUGCAAUCCCCCUCUAUAUGGAUAUUGCAGGUGACCCAGACAGCGAGAGAGCUCUUGGUAAACAACGCCUGAGCGUUGCCAUCGGUGUCUUGGCUGGUGCUGCUGCCGUUAUUCUGGUGAUCCUUCUGGUUGUGACAGCUCGACAGUGUGGGGCGCAGGGUAAGAACGGCUAUGAGGCUGGCAAGAAGGAGCCAGAAGAGGACUUUUUCGGUCCACAGCCUCCCCCUCUACAAGCCCAGGGCUCCCAAAAUGAGCGUGGGCGCAAACCACGCAGAGACAAGCGUAAUAAUGGCACUGCCAAAUCUGAGCGUUCUUUAUACAGUGGAAUUAUGACGGUGAACGGCUGCAGACGUGGGGGAGGUGAUGAAGAAGAGGAGGAUGAGGAGAGCAGCAGUGCCAGUGAGAGGAUUGCUGCCCGUUAUUGCGCAGCAGCUAAUGGAGACCCUAGUAGUCCAAGACUAGGCUCAAGGCGCCACCAGUCAAGCCCAGAUCUGGCCCGCCACUACAAGUCCAGCUCACCCUUGCCUGCAGUGCAUCUUCAGCCCAACUCACCACCCGUGGAAGGCAAGAAGCACCAGGCUGUGCAGGAACUGCCCCCCACUAACACCUUCACUGGCAAUGGCACCGGUAACGCAGAUGCUAUGUCACUCAGCUCAGACCAGUGCUCCGAUUACGGCUGUCAAACCAUCAAGUACAGCAAACAGCCCCUCAGAAGAGUGACAUUUUCUGUGGUGAGUCAGGCUCCUGAUCAAGGCUGCUAUGAUAGUGGGGUGGAGGACUCAGAGACCCCCAGCAGCAAGAGCUCCUCUGGACCCAGACUGGGAUCUUUACCGCUGCCUGAGGACGGAUAUGAAAGAACCACACCAGAAGGGAGCGUAGGCGAGGAGGAGCAUGUGGAAAAUGACUCCAGGCAGCUUCCUGACGUGGCUCUGACAGGAAAAUGCACACACGAAUGCAACGAGUACGGUCACUCUGACACCUGCUGGAUGCCCGUGCAAUCCUCACCACGACGACGCAUCGAACCACCCCAACUUUCCACCUUCGCCUCACCCGGCGAUAACAACAACAACACCGAAGACAACAGCGACCGAGAGGAAGAUGGAGAUGGAGGAACGGAUAAAAGCAGCGGAGGUAGCGACGAGGUGCGGGAUUCGCUAGCAAACGGAGAUCCACUGGGAACACUCAGCCGCCGGGAUCGGAACAGGAACAUGGGUGACCAUAACCGCAACCUCCUAAACCGUAAAAUGACCUCCGCAUCCUACGAUACAUUCAGCAGCGCCGGAUUCGGCCGUCGUCCCGAUGAAGAAGACUCGCAUCCCCCAGAGGUCAUACCGCUCACGAGGACGGGGGCUGAUUAUAAGACCACCUCGUGCCUCACUCUGUCCCGCAGAGAAGUGUACCUGUGAUCUGCAGCCAUGUUCCCGAGCUACUUCACUGCAUCGGAGCAGGAGGGUCAUUUUUAAGAGACUAGCGCAUAUACCUGUUCAAAACAGGCGUCUUCUCCUUGCCAAAAAUUCAUCAUCGGUUCAUUUCUAUGGAUGCAAAAGAUCAAAGUUGAGGAGAAAAGUGAAUCAUCUUUCAUAAACUUUGAUGGACUUCAUUAAAUGGCAAACACUUGCAUGUUCGGCCUGUCCGCAGACAGGGGGGAUGAUUGGGGACUGAUGGACAAAGAUCACAUAAACGGAUGCUCAUUUUACCUGACUGUGGCACAUUAUGGAAAUAAAACCACCACGUAGCAUCAGGAAAAAAAAAUAUGGCAACUUAAUAUUUUAAUCUAACUAGUUUCCUGUUGCUGAGCCGGUACAGUUAUUUAAUUGCAGUCACAUGGUAACCAUUAGACAUGUAAAUGCUUUCAUUGCAGACUUUCAAAAGAAGAAGAAGAAAAAAAUCCAGUCAUCCAUUUAUAUCAUUUGUAAAUCUGCUUGUUUUUCUGUUAACACCAAUAUGGGAAUAUACUACAACUCUCAGUAGUGCUUCAAAACUUUCAGAUGGAAAUCUUUGCUAUUUCAUCGCUCCUGUAAUGGGGCAAUUUUCACAAUGACUGUUAUAUCACCAUCCCAUCAGACCUCAGAGUUAAAAUCAGCCAACUCAAUCAUGCGACACAUACUCUGUACACAGCACAAACACAUAAAGACACGCCGAGAUACAUGUCUAUAUCCAUUUAGUGCAGACGUGUGUGUACAAGUGUGUAUGUACUGUAAAAAAGACAGACGUUUUGGCAUACCUGAGGCUUUUUUUAAGACGCGGUUUUUCGAAAGUAGAUGUAGCAUUUUUGCCUGCUUGAUCUUCAACUAGUAUAUAAGACACUGACGUGUAUUUGAAUAACUAAUCAUCUGUGUAAACUGCAUACACAGGGGCAUUAAACAAUGUUUAGAUACAUCUAUAUUAUACUAUAAAUGACAGCUAUACUGUAUCUCAUCCCUUUUAAGUAGAGCUCAUAUGUAAACCAAAUUUCUUUCAAAGCAACACUGCAUGAGGAUAAGCUAAUGCUUAUUUUGUUAAAUAAGAAUCCGAUUUUGUUGUUUUUCGGAGGAUGUAACCUCUUUAGAAGGAGCGUGUGUGUGAACAAGAAGCGAGGUCGGUGUGCAAAUGAAGAGCUGGAUCUUUACUUUAGCCAGAUAUGACACACACGCACACUCUCUACUGUACUGUAGUUGUUCAAAUUACACUUCAAACAAAUCAAGGCGUUUUAAUGAAUCUUAUGGCAGCCUCGACCUGGUCGUCGCCAUCUCAUCAAGAAAUUUCAAAUUGAGUUUAUUUUUUAGCUCUUGAUAUGCAUUGUAAGUACAAUCUGACUGAUAAGAACAAACUGACAUGUAUUUCACCUACUCUCAGGAAACUUGAGAUUCAGUGUGUGUCCUCGGCCCAUUAUCAGUGUGAGCUUUAGUCUGCGCUCCGAUUUGCCCUCACAAGGCCAUACUCUGGGGAGCCUCUUUUCCCACCCUUUCCCCUUUUCCAGACACACUGCACCUGGCGACGGUGUCCGAAAGUGUGUGUGCGUUUGUUUGUGUGAGUGUGUUUCCAGGCUUCCCGCAUGGUGAGACUCGCAGACUCAUCCCUUUCACUUCACGGAACAGCCUUGGGUCUGGAGCGGGACUGGUGGACUCCAGUCCAUCUAUGCCAAAAUCUUGUCCAGCGUUUUUCGGUUUUACCGAAAGUACUGGUGCACAAACUUACCUGAAAAAGACUAGCCCAGAACCUGCAGUUCAGUGCCUGGAUGAGAGGAAAUCAUUGAACUGGCCUAUACAGGGUUUGUGAAACCAGAGGACUCGAGACGAAGAAGAAGGAAUCUGUCUCUAAAGAUGGCGCGUUUCCUUUGCCAGGUUUAUAGGCUAAAUAUGCUGUUAUACAGCAGGCUGUAAUUAGUGUACAAUAUGGGGUGCAUAACGGACUAUGUAUAUGAAAAACCGUGUGUUUUCUUCUUUUUUUACUGCACGUUUACCUAACAAUUCAACUCACUUACUGCAAAACGGGGAGGGACGGGGAGGGCAAAAUAACAUUGUGUCUAAAGCGUAACAUUCACUUGAACUUUUUUAUGAGAUAAAAAACACUGAACUCAUGUACUCGCCCAACAUCCGCCAUUUUACUGCUACCCUGUAGAAAUGACCACUGAACUUUAACCUGAAAGGCAUGUUGACGGUCUUUAAUCCUGCACCUGUGAGGAAAAUGUUUUUUUUUUUUCUUUUUUUAUGCUGUGUGAAAGAGGAGCUUUUGAAGCUCUGUCUUUCUCAUAUGGAUUUUAUGCGUUCAUUGCAUUUGUUAUGACAAAUAACAAAUCAAAAGGGGUUGGAAUGGUUUGAAAGUUUGGUAUGUGACAUGUAAAAGUUUGAUUUUGACAUUAAACACCUUUAAACCGUG